AUGGCUAUCGGUGGCGACUUUGCAAAUAUUCCAGUGCCGACCUUGUACCGGACUUCGCAACUUCUGGACCAACCGUAUGAAGACUAUAGCGCUCCCGUCUUCUGGAACAUGACCUUUCCGCCAAACCAUACGGCGCAGCAAUACCAGGGGGGGUUGGAUCAAGUUCAUACAGACAUCAUGACUUCACCUUUGCUUCCAACAGUUGAUCGGUCUCGAAGUAUGCAAAACAAUGGUGUUGAAUUCCAGGAAUCACAGGAUGAAGCUGCAGGGUACCAAGAGCAAUAA